AUUUUUGUGCCCUGGGACAUAGCUGAGUGGUCACUGUGCUAUCCCAACUCCUGCCAGCCGAGUCCUGUUGCCCUGCUGUGGGAGGAGGCUGCAGACUCCCCCAGCCUUCUGAAAUCUAGAGCCCAGGGAGAGAAGGAAAAUGGAAGGGCAGGACGGCUGUUCUCAGUGAAGGACCGUGCGCCCGCCCCUGAGCAGCGACCAUGGGCCUGCUUGCCUACCUGAAGACCCAGUUCGUGGUGCACCUGCUCAUUGGCUUCGUCUUUGUGGUGAGCGGGUUGGUUAUCAACUUCACCCAGCUGUGCACACUGGCCCUCUGGCCCAUCAGCAAGCAGCUAUACCGCCGCAUCAACUGCCGCCUGGCCUAUUCCCUCUGGAGCCAGCUGGUCAUGCUCCUGGAGUGGUGGUCCUGCACGGAGUGCACUCUCUUCACCGACCAGGCCACCGUGGACCACUUUGGGAAGGAGCACGCAGUUGUCAUCCUUAACCACAACUUCGAGAUCGACUUCCUUUGUGGGUGGACCAUGUGUGAGCGGUUUGGCGUGCUGGGGAGCUCCAAGGUGCUGGCUAAGAGGGAGCUGCUGUGCGUGCCUCUCAUCGGCUGGACAUGGUACUUCCUGGAGAUCGUAUUCUGCAAAAGGAAAUGGGAGGAAGACCGGGACAUUGUCAAAGAGGGGCUGAAGCGCUUGGCGGACUACCCAGAGUACAUGUGGUUUCUCCUGUACUGCGAAGGAACGCGCUUCACGGAGAAAAAGCACCGCGUCAGCAUGGAGGUGGCCGCCGCCAAGGGGCUGCCCCCACUCAAGUACCACCUGCUGCCCCGGACCAAGGGUUUCACCACUGCAGUCCAGUGCCUCCGCGGGACAGUUGCAGCUAUCUACGAUGUGACCCUGAACUUCAGAGGGAGUAAGACCCCGUCCCUGCUGGGAAUCCUCUAUGGAAAGAAAUAUGAGGCAGACAUGUGUGUGAGGAGGUUCCCCCUGGAAGACAUCCCAGCGGAUGAGAACGACGCAGCCCAGUGGCUUCACAAGCUGUACCAGGAGAAGGAUGCCCUGCAAGAGAUGUACAAGCAGAAGGGCCUGUUCCCAGGGGAGCGGAUCAAGCCUGCCCGAAGGCCAUGGACCCUCAUGAACUUCCUAUGCUGGGCCACCAUCCUCCUCUCUCCCCUCUUCAGCUUCGUCCUGGGCGUCUUUGCCAGUGGAUCCCCGCUCCUCAUCCUGACGUUCUUGGGGUUUGUGGGAGCAGCUUCCUUCGGAGUCCGAAGACUGAUAGGAGUAACUGAGAUAGAAAAAGGCUCCAGCUACGGCAACCAAGAGCUUAAGAAAAAGGAAUAAUUAAUGCUGUGAUUGAUUGAACACCCAUAACCUGACGCGGUAUCCAAUUAACUCAAUUAAAAACCGAACACACAAGAGCGAGGGAAAGAGACACUUAGAGACUAUUUUUCUUAUUAACUGGUGACUAAUAUUAACAAAACUUGAGCCAAGAGCAAAGAACUCAGCUGCCAGGUGAAGAUGGUCAGCCAGCACCCAGGGUCCCAUCGGCCCUCUGCGGGGACAGAGGCGGGCUUGGGGAAGGUGGUGGGGCCGUGGGGCUCCCCCAGAACUCCGCCUCCAAGAGGCGGCCUUGGCUGCUCUCCCUUCUUAAACUUAGAAUGAGGCUUUUGUUUCUUAUCGGUUAUUUUGGGAACUUAACCUGGCCCCCACCUUGUGCCCUGCACCCCGGAACACUGGCUCUUCAUGGGUGCCCGCUGUCCUCAUGGGGGCCGGUCAGCUGGAUCCUUGUCCUACAGAGCUCAUUUGUCCUGCCCUGCUUGGCACCUCUGCUUCUAGCCUGGGGGGGAGGAAGACUUCUUAGAGAUAAGCACACACUGAAUGUAGAUCUGGCCCCUUUGCCCCUCCCCUGCCCGGGGGCUGAAGACCACCCCUCCAUCCUCUGCAGUACCGUUGGCCCCGCCUGUCUGGGGGCUGUGUCUAAGCACCUUACGUCUCUUUUUAAAGUGAACGCCCGAGAACUCUGCAGAAUGUGGAAUCCUUGAGUUCAUACAGCACCUCCAUCCAGCUCCGUGCUCCCCUCGUCCUCGGUGGCCAGCAGGCUGCAGUCCUGCACAGGGCCCGAUGGGAAGACCACCCGGGCCCCACACCUCAGAGCCGUGGGACUCCCCUGGGACACUCUUCAGGAGGUGGUGUCUCCAUCAGGGCUCCUUGUUCUCAGUCAGACACCUUUAGUGCUUGUUAGCAUUAGAAUUUAUUUUUCCAAAUUCGUCUGUGGCUGGCUCGCAGCUUCUCCCUGUCCUCAUCCUCUUCUGCCUCUACCCAGGCAAGUGUCAUGGCUGCCGUCCACACCCACUGUUGCCCACUACCACCUCAGUGACAUAAGCUGUGCUGGUAGAGAACAGGGGUCCUCUGCCUGCACUUGGUGCCUUGCCAGGGCCCCUUAGGCUGGCCCUGGAGGCACAUUUUCCUUCUCACUUAGCACAGGAAGGCCUGCCUGGUUUCUGGGAGACCUAGGUUCUCGGGGAAACACCAUCCUAUACUUUUACCUUCUGUCUGGAACCUUCCACGGGCCCUUUUAAAGUCAUUUCAUGUUUUCUAACAAGGAAAAUCCGGGUAUUCUUUCUGGCAUACUGCAACCAGAGUUCAAAGUAAAGGCAGAGAAGAUUUAUAGGGCACACUGGAAGAAGGAGACCUGGAGAAGCCUGAGAGGAGACCGGGGCCUGAGUCUGCACGGCCCCCAGUGCUGGGGAACUCGUGAGGCAGCAUGGCCACUUUGCAGAAGAUGCCCCUGGCCUCUGCGGUCCAUGCACAGCAGAGUAGUCAUGGACUGCUCCUAUCUCUCUUGGGCGACAGCAACAAUCAUGACUGCUUGUAAGGGUGAAGGGUCAAGUCAAGCAAACUGAGACACUGAAUCUCUCCCCUCCAGAUGAAGGCUUGCCUGCCCUGGCCUCUGCCAACUGUGAGCCAUCUUGGGCACUCCCGAGGGCCAGUUCCCUCCCUGAUGGGGUUUUCCUUCUGCCUUUCUGUCUGCCUGAGGUCUCAGUCCUCCCCACACUCACCGUCACCUCCCAAAUCCGAAGGAGACAGGAUAACGGGCCCUGCCGUGCAUGCACUUGGCCCCGGAUAAAGCAAGCUCAGAGCCUUUACCAUUUCACUAAUGCCUCUGACUUCCACAGAAGCCCUGAGCCUCUGAGAUCAGCUGAGUCUGUGAAUGACCCAGGGAGUCCAGGCUGCAGGCCUUGCCCUCCUAGGCCUCCCCCUGCUUAUCCAAUACAGUGCUUCUGAGAGCAAUAAAAACUACACUAGGAAUGUGGGUGUGGGUUCUAUGUUUUGGUUUUUGGGUUUUGGUUUUUUUUUUUUUUUUUUUUUUGUGGGGUCAGAUUUUGCUUUUCAUCUGCUUCAGAAGGAAAGGGGGAGGAGAGCCCCUUUGAUUUUUCUAUUAAAUUAAUAAACCUCAAAAUAGUGCUUUUCUCUUUUUCCUUCACACCCUACUACUGAUAGGCAUGGCUGAUGUCAUGCCCAGAUUCAGAUUGGAAGUGCUGCUGAAGCAGCUUGCUAGUCUCCAGGGAGCCCGUGCUGGAAGCAGUGGGCUCAGGAGCCAGAGGCAUUCUGGAACUGGAGUGGUUGGUGGCCUUGGGAGGAAGGGCCUGGCCUGCCAGAUGGGCUCUGCUUCAGGUUCCCCAGCAGAGGGGCCCCCACAAGGUCAGCUCAGACUGGGCCAUGGUCUCCUUACCACUCAGGCUCAAGAGCCAGCUACGAUGAAGGCUCCUGCCAUCUCCCUGAGAAACCCUUCCACUGUCCAGGUGGUGUCCCACCCCCGGUCCCUGGUCACACCCAUGUACCUCAUGUAGGGCUCUCUGAAGCUGUGCUGAGCUAUAGCCUUGGCUGCCAUUCUCCUGAUAGCCAACGGCGUUUCACGGUACCCACAUGGAGCAUCUAGAACGAUGCUGCUGCUCUCUGAGGGCUUUGUGUUAGCAUUCUGAUUGGUGACCAUCCUGUAAGAAGCAGGGUAACAAGCUAGGAAGGCUGAAUGAGGUCAGUGUGUGGGCAGUUCAGAGAUCGGGGACACUUUCCUCUUGACAAGACCUUUAACCCAGAGAAAGAAGCCACUUGCUAUUUGUGGGUGUUUGGUGACUACAUCCAUGAGUCAUGUUUGAGCUGCUGUAAGGUCCUGUCCCCGGGAAACAGUCUGAUGAGCUCUGAAUAUGCAGGCUGCUGGAUAACAUCCUGCAACAAUGUAACAAUACUUUCUUCUAGAAACAAUGCAGGUGUCUUCACAGAUGCCUUGACCUUGACUCCCCUCCUUGAGAAUCUUUUCUGCCUCUGAUCCAGCCCUGCCUUUACACCAUCAGGAAAAGUCAGAGUUAGACCCAGCAGUGAGUUACAUUCAUAUGCAGUUCAAGAGAUGUCAGGAGACCAUCCACACCCACCAUGACUACUAAUUUGUGUCCGGUUCAGGAUGAAGAGUAAAUGGCUCUUCCUGCAUGUUGCCCUGUCUCUGCCUGAGACCUUAUAGGACAAGCCAACAGUAGCCUUUCCAGCCCUGAUGACUUGCACCUCAAUUGUUUGUCCCCCACAUACACCCCACCACUAGCUAGAUGCAUGCGACGCUUGGCGCUAGCCAUUUGGUGUGGCUUCUAGCCCUCUGCAGUGUCAUGAGGCUCGGGGUUAGAAUGGCUCACCUGAGAUGCCUGCUGCCUUCUUUCUAGAAACAUCUCUGGCCUAUGGGCCAGCCCCAAACCAAAGGCACCUGGGCCUGGGUGAGGGCACCUCAGACCUGCCUUAGGCCUUGUCCCAGAGUCUUGCCACGGGGCUGUCAGUUGGGUGCUGACACUCGGGCCCCGAAUCACUACAUACAGGGGCCAGGAUUUGAAACUGCAAGUUCAGGCUUUGGGUGAUCUGCUUGGCUGACAGGGUGGACACACGAAUCAAAGUUUAUCACAGGCAUUUGAGAUCGGUUAGUUCAGGGGACCGGUGGUAUUCUUGCAAACCACUCCAGAAAUAAGUCAGUGAGAGCACUCUGGGGAGCCGCUGGAGACAUUGUACUGUCUCUUCACAGACCUGUGAAAGUGUGAACUUUGUUUGGACAGGUCACCUGGAGCUUUCUUUUCUCCUUAGCUUUUUGGUUUCUUUCUGUUGCAAAAGAGUUUGGAGAGAAGUGGAACUGUGAAUGAGAUCCUGAAAUGCACUAAAUUGUAUUCUAUUAAACUGGAGUUACUUGAUUCAAUGAA